GUCCGGGACGUCACGGAAGUGCACGAGGUCGCUCAUGCAUCAGCGAUGGACUCCAGAGGGUUUUCCGGCGGACGAAAUGCUGCGGCCUCUUUGGUGUCGCUUGAAGAACUGGAGGCUUUGGAUGCUUCCGGCGCCGUGCAAAUGUCGCCCCAGGAUGGAGGGACAACGUGGCUCGAGGCUAUGCUACAGACAGUUCGAGGCUUUCUCGCUGUGGGUCAGCUCAGCGGCGCAGGCCAAGAAACUGGAGUGCGUGAGCUUGGAGACACAAGCCCCAUUGCGGUUCUUCCUUGCGGCCUUGCGGUCUCGGGGACAUCCUCAUCUGCAAAAAUCAUUGGCACUAUGGGCAUUUCGCCCUUGUGCUGUCUGAGCCAGAACCUGCACCAUCGAACGCCGGUGAGGGCACCGUAG